AUGGCGGGAUUGUCCCCGAGCUCGACACAUAGCGCCUCGUUUGAUCCGAAUAUUGCAGCGGAUGCGCAGCUUGCCGACAUGUAUCAGGAAACCAAGUCGGUUCCUGUCAAAUCGGUUGCCAUGAAUAAAGUCAUGACGCCUGCUCAGUGGGAACGGUACAAGGAACAAAAGGAGAUGGACCGACGGCUUGGUGCUCUGUCUGACGACAGUGCUUCUGAGGCGAGUGACAAUGCUGAAGACGAUGACGACGAGAUUGAACGCAGCCGACAAGCAACUAAGCAGCGUCGAAAACAAGAAGCCCACCUGGCUGUGUACCGGCAACAGAUGAUGAAGGUAACAGGCGAAGCACCAGCCACUCGAUCAAUGAGCAGCCUCGGCAUGCUGCGAGCGGGUGACAACAACUCGGCAACGGAUCUCAACCGCUUGUCACGGAUGACAUUGGACUCGAAGCAGUCUGGUAAAAGUAGCGGAGAGGAGGAGGACGAAGAUGAGGAUGUGCCACUUGGUAUUCUUGCGGCCCACGGUUUCCCGAACAGAAAUAGGCCUCCCACACGACUUGCAAAUUCUCCUUCCAACUCCAAUUUGCGCAGUGUCAGCCAGAACCAAGGGGCUCCGUCUGUGGUCAGUCAAGCUCCUAAAGGCGGCAAUUUGCCAGUCUUUGCUCGACAACUACCCCCGGACCCUUACUAUGGAGCCAGCCUGGUAAACCCUUCGAAUCGUGAAGCUCUGGCGCUUCACCCUCAAGCCCCGCCACAGGGAGCGGGACCUGCAACAGCCCAUCCCAUUCACCCUGCAGGGCUUGUCGGAGUUAUCGCUGGCGAAGAACGCGCUAGAGCUGCUCGACGAGGAAGCCCGAACCCUGCUGGCAACUAUGACUUGCCUCCCAUGGGAGGACCCCCUCCUGGCAUGGUACGAUCUCAGACGACCGGGGCUCUAUCCUCGAUGGCUUAUCCACCCAUGGGAGCACCGGCCAUGCCAGGGAUGCCAGGAAUGCCGGGGAUGAUGCCAGGGAUGCCACCUAUGCUGACUCCUGGUGAUCAAGCGCAAAUCCAAAUGUCCCAACAGAUGACGCAAAUGAUGCAGAUGCAGAUGCAAUGGAUGCAACAAAUGUCAAACAUGAUGGUUGGGCCAAACUUGCCCCCUCCUGGUGUACCGAAUCCUGCGUUUGCAAGACCUCAAUCAUUGGCGAUGCAGAAUGGCACGCCACCUCAGCUGAAUCAACGGACCAUGAGUACUCUGAAUCCAAGCAUGGCGCCCUGGAACACCAAGCCACCGAUGUUGCCGUCCAUCAAUGUCAAUGGUAACUAUGCUCCCUCGAUCGCACCGUCUGAGCGCAGCAACAUCGGCCUAGCUCCGAGAUACCGGCCUGUAUCCACAGCCCCAGAGCCAGAAGUGAUGUCCACGCAUCAUCGCGCGUCGACAUUUACAUCGUCCACUGUGCGACCCUGGUCUUCAAUGGACCCAGGGCAGCGACCGUCGACGCACGCUGCGAAGCCUUCGGUGAACACUCUCGGUCGGAGAUCCCCAUUGGCAAACCAGGACGAUGAAGACGACGAGCAAGGCUGGGCUGAGAUGAAGAUGAAGAAAGAUAAGAAGCAAAAGACCUGGGCACUCCGAAAAGGACAGAAUACACUGUCGGAGUUAUACGCCAACGCCUCGUGA